GCGGCGCGGGCCCGGGAGCGGACGCGUGGAGGGAAAUAAGAAUUUUCGCGCCUGUGUCCCCAUUGGCCGGCGCGGCGGCGCGGCGGCGCGAGCCCUCCUCCGAUUGGCCGGUGAGGCGGCGCGUGGGCGAGAGGCCUCUCCGGAUUGGCCGGCGCCGCGCUGCAGCGGAGAGGCGCGCGCGGGCGAGCGGUCGGUCAGUCGGUCAGUCAGUCAGUCCGUCCGUCAGUCUGUCCGUCCGUCCGUCCGAGCCAUGAACUGCCUGACGGUGCCCGGCGUCCACCCCGGCUCGCCCAGCCGCCCGCGCGGGCAGAUCCAGGUGAUCUUCGGACCCAUGUUCUCCGGGAAGAGCACGGAGCUCAUGCGGCGGGUGCGGCGGUUCCAGCUCGCUCAGUACCAGUGCCUGCUGGUGAAGUACGCCAAGGACACACGCUACUGCACCUCUGGCGUCUCCACGCACGACAGGAACACCAUGGAGGCCCUGCCAGCCUGCCUCCUCAAGGAUGUGUACCAGGAGGCACUGGCCUCUGCGGUCAUCGGCAUUGACGAGGGCCAGUUUUUCCCAGACAUCGUGGAGUUCUGUGAGAUGAUGGCCAAUGCUGGGAAAACCGUUAUCGUUGCUGCUCUUGAUGGGACUUUCCAGAGAAAGGCCUUCGGGAGCAUCCUGAACCUGGUGCCGCUGGCAGAGAGCGUGGUGAAGCUGAAUGCUGUGUGCAUGGAGUGCUACCAAGAAGCCUCCUACACAAAGAGGCUGGGAGCAGAGAGGGAGGUUGAAGUGAUUGGAGGAGCAGACAAGUACCACUCCGUCUGCCGAGCCUGCUACUUCCGCAAGCGGCCUCAGCAGCCUGGGUCGGAAAACAAGGAGAACGUGCCCAUGGGGCUGAAGCAGCUGGAUGUGGCUGCCUCCCGGAAGAUCUUUGCUUCUUGACUGCUGGGCUCCCAUGUGGGGAAAAACAAGAGGAAGGAAGCUAAAUGCUGUGACUCCCGGAUGCCAGAUUUGGCUGCUUCUGCUUUUAGCAAAACUGUUCAGUGUCUUAGCUCUACCUGUCAAACCAAGCCGCUCUUCCUCUGCACCAAGCACUAGGAAAGAGGAGGAUCAACCGGACCUGAUGCCAGGGGGGAGCUGAAGCAGGAGCAUGACUAAAAGUGAGUUCCUUUCUCAGAACACGGAAAAGAGACAGAUGUAGUUACUGAUGCUGCCACACAAACAGGUCCUGGAAAACUGUCAGCAAGCCAGGCUGCAGGGCUUCCAUCGCUGGCCUUAAUUCUGGCCUUCUCUCCUGGGUCUUCUGCAUAUGUUCAGACUGCCACUGAUGGCUGGUUCACUUGCCUGUGAACGCAACUGUUUCUUUCUUGCACACUGUUGCUAAAGCCCAGGUUUCCUAAGACCGUGUAGAGUAACUUAGUAUUUUAAACUCACUUCCUUUUUUAACAGUCUGAGGAGAUAACCCAUCCCUUGUCACAGAGCUAUGGCACAACUUUUCAACUGACACACGUAGCAACAGCCUGGCCCUCAGCAGUCCCUUUGAAUGAAUGUUCAUGGCCUGUCCAUUUGCCGUUAUACUCAGUUGCUCUAACUGUCUUGUAAAUUUUUGUCGAAACAGAAGAGGGGGAAAGGAAGGCUUGACUUGACAGCCUGACAGUAGGCUCUUCCUAGCUUUUGAACUUUAAAAGGGCAAGCAGUGGUCUGUAUAUUAAGACAGAGUCCUUUUGGAAGAAUUAGACUUCACUGCAGGAAGAGCUUCCUCUCCAAAACCAGGGUGUUCUUGUUCAGGUCCAAUCUUGGUGCUGCCACUUCAGUGUUUUGUUACCUGUGAAGGGUUUGGAGGCUCAGGACUUACUCUGUAAAUGUUUGGACUACUGUGUCUGUGAAGAUCUAGCUACUUGGAAAAGGGUCUCUGCUUUGAGUGGAUGGUUCUCAACUCUAGUCAACUCUAGUCAUGCAUCUUGCUCCCUCCUGAGCCUUCCAAAAAUUUUCGAGGCUCAUUCUUCCUCAGCUGUAAGUUGACUGAAGGAUCCUCUUCCCACUUUGCUUGACGUGGCUUCUGGAAGGUUGCUUUGUUUUUUUCUUACUCCUUGCAAAAGUGCUGUUCACUGUAAGCCAGUGUCCACAAGCUCCAAGCAGUGGCUCCUUGUUCGGGCCAGGUCCAAUCUCCACGUGCGAGUGCAGCAUGCUCUGUUUGCGGGCACCCUCCCUGGAAGCUUACAAGAGCUGUCUGAAAACCCCUGCUCCCUCUGUGUUACUUCAAGGGACGACACUUGUAGUACUCACAAGCACUUGAUUGCCAGGCCUGGGCUUUCCCCUUAGGGACGGGGAAGGCAGCACUGCUACUGGUU